CUUUUUAAUAUAAAUCUGCUCUCAAAAGCCCCUCUCCUUCCUUCCCUCCCAAACUACUCAAAGGCCAAAACCUACAUUUCUCCAUCAAAUCUCUCUCAACCAUGCCUGCCAUCGUCAAUCGCAAGCCUUCUCUGCUCGCUGUUUCCGCCGAUUACGACGGCGUUGUGGCUGUCCAACUGGACAAGAUCGGCGACGACUUCCGAUCCAACCCCCUUUCUACUCCUCAGAAGCGGACGCUCAGAUCCAACUCCACUCCCAUCUCCACGCCGGUCAAAUGGAAGUCGCCUCGCCGAUCUGUCAAUGCCAGCCCUAACUGUCCUCCGAAUGCAAUUGAGAGAGACGUAGAUGGUAGGCUUCCGAAAAUCAGCAAAUCGCUGGUGAAGAAAUUGGCGGAUAAUUUUGCGGUCAAGCCGAAUUGGAAUCCGAGAGAUGCUGAGCAAAUGAGGGCGGUGAAGGAGGCUUUGCACUUGUCCACUUCGCCUCCGGUUGUGGUGUGUCGAGAAGAGGAGCAAAAUAAGGUUUUGGAGUUCUGCAAGUUGUGCAUUAAACAAGAGAAAGCUGGUAGUUUAUAUGUAUGUGGCUGUCCUGGGACCGGAAAAACUUUGUCAAUGGAAAAAGUCAGACGGCUUCUGGUUGAUUGGACAAGAGAGAAUGGAUUGCAGCAACCAGAUCUAUUAGUCCUAAAUUGUACUUCUCUCACAAACACUAGUGACAUUUUUAGCAAGAUACUUAGUAAAAGCCAGUCGCAGAAGAGAAGUACUGGCACUACCUCACCUUUGAAACUUCUCCAGAACAUUUAUUCUCAGAAACCACAGGAAUCUAGCCGGAAUAUGACGCUGAUAGUAGCUGAUGAGUUGGAUUAUUUAAUUACCAAAGAUCGAGCGGUGCUUCAUGAUCUUUUUAUGCUUACAACAUUGCCAUUCUCCAGAUGUGUACUCAUAGGAGUAGCAAAUGCCAUAGACCUAGCUGAUCGUUUUCUUCCAAAACUGAAGUCUCUAAACUGCAAACCCAUGGUUAUAACUUUUCGGGCGUACUCGAAAGAUCAGAUCCUCAAGAUUCUUGAAGAAAGGCUAAUGUCACUACCUUACGUGGUCUUUCAAAAAAUUGCCCUGGAGCUUUGUGCCAGAAAAGUUGCUGCUGAAUCUGGUGAUAUGCGAAAAGCACUUAAUGUUUGCAGGAGUGCAAUUGAGAUGCUAGAGGCAGAGUUAAGAGAAUCACCUAACUACCUCAGUUUGUCACCAGUAGAGAAAGCAGUAAUUGGGCAACAGACUGCUCCAGCUCCUGAUGUCCUGGAAAAAAGGGAAAUUGAUGUUGUGAGGAUUGAUCACAUGGUCGUUGCUUUGUCAAAGACAUACAGAUCCCCAGUAGUGGACACCAUACAAUCUCUUCCACAACAUCAACAGAUUAUACUUUGCUCUGCUGUCAAACUAUUCCGUGGAGGAAAGAAAGACACCACAAUAGGAGAGCUGAAUAAAUGUUACACAGACAUCUGCAAAUCAACAUUAAUCCCACCGGUUGGAGUUUUGGAACUUUCAAGCAUGUGUAAAGUUCUGAAUGACCAGGGACUUCUCAAACUAGGUCAAUCCCGAGAGGAAAAGUUUAAAAGAGUGGCAUUGAAAAUAGACGAAGAAGACGUCACUUUUGCAUUGCAGGGAAUCCGUUUCUUCCGGAGUUGUCUCCAGUAGUUCUCGUCAAAUUACCUUCAUACUUAGUUAUUCAAAUAGGUGGUUUCUGUUUUCUGGCUCUCCACUCGAUCCAAAAUUACAAGUUUGUAGGGAUGCAGAUACCAAGGCUUUCGUAAGAAACGACCAGAAUCUAGAUCGGUCACCCAGCUUUAGCUGUGAACAAGUCGACUCGAACUCAUUUACGCAAGUUUUUCUCGUUGGGAAGCCAUUAUUCGUGGCAGUUUGGAAUAAAGAUCAUCAGCGCCCUUUUUAUUCCUCAAGGGUGUACCCCCCCCCCCCCCCCCCCCCCCAAAAAAAAAAAAAAAAAUGAAAGAAACAAAGUUGAAAGAAGAAAGUCAAUAUAGUUACAUUGACCUUGCUACAUUUUCAAAUGUAUGUAAUUCUUGUUACAUUUUCAAAUGUAUGUAAUUCAUUCUUGAUACAAUUAAUAAAAAAUUAAUUUCCUUAAUUUUUUUAA